AUGGACCACAAGAAUAAGACUAAAGUUCGGGAAUUCAUCUUAGUUGGGUUUCCAACUUCCAUGGAACUACAAGUGUUUCUAUUUGUGAUAUUCCUUGUGGCCUACAUCUUGACACUCCUGGAGAACAUCAUUAUAAUUGCUGUAAUAAAAAUCAACCCUCAACUUAACAAACCCAUGUAUUUCUUCCUCAGCAACCUCUCCUUCCUGGAGACAUGGUACAUCUCUGUAAUUAUCCCCAAGCUAUUGGUCAACUUCCUAACUAAAGAGAAAAGCAUCUCAUUUGAAGGGUGCAUGACACAGUUUUAUUUUUUUAGCUCCCUCUUAUGUACAGAGUGUGCCCUUCUUGCAGUCAUGGCCUAUGACCGAUAUGUGGCUAUCUGCAACCCACUGCACUAUCCAAUGAUCAUGACACAACACCUUUGUGUGCAACUUGCUGUAGGUUCGUGGCUGACUGGCUUCUUGAUCUCAAUGGUGAAAGCUGUCUUUAUCUCACGCUUGCCAUUUUGUGGCCCUAAUAUCAUCAAUCAUUUUUUUUGUGACCUUUCACCCUUGCUAAAUAUGGCCUGUGAGGACAGGACUUUGGCUGAACUCGUGGAUUUCAUCCUGGCUUUAUUUAUUCUGUCAGUACCACUCUCAGUCAUUAUUAUUUCUUACAUCUGCAUUCUUGGCACCAUUGUGCGUAUCCCCACUAUUCAGGGGCGGAAGAAAGCCUUCUCCACUUGCGCAUCUCACCUCACUGUGGUCAUUAUCUUCUUUUCCACCACUCUCUUCAUGUAUGCCCGGCCAAAGAGGAUCCACCCUUUUGAUCUGAACAAAUUGGUAUCUGUCAUAUAUACUGUUUUCACUCCGAUGCUGAACCCUUUCAUCUACUGUUUGAGGAACCAAGAGGUCAAGGGAGCUCUAAUGAAAACUUUGUGUAGUUCUAGGGGUCUCCCCAAAAUCGCAGCAUCCACCAGUAAUCCUGAAUGA